UCCUGAUGCCAGUAUUCUCCAUCCACGUGCAUCACUUCAUCUGCGAGAUCGUGCGUUUCAGUGGCAUGAUCGUUCUUUACUAUCGACUCACGGAAAGUGCAUUAAGUGCAUUGACUCGCACGCAUCCCGUGCUGAUGUGUUUGAACGCCCUAAUUCCGCUAAGACCUCGUCAAAGGAUCGAAUACAGGUACAGCGAUGUACUCGUGGAAACCGACGAACCUGAAGCGCAAACAGAGUUCUUCUCGCUGUUCAUAACGACGCCAAGGUUGGCAAUGGUGCCGAAGCUGAUCAUCGAUUCAAAGGUGGUCGUAGUGGGUGCCUCUGACUGUGGCGUCGCGUUCCUCGAACAGCUGGCUUUUGGGUAA